AUGAGAGAAUACCCAACAUGCGAACAGCUUACCUGUGCCAGUGGAGCCUGCUAUAACAGCAGUCAGAAAUGUGAUGGGAGAAUUGACUGCCGAGACUCUUCUGAUGAAAGCAAUUGCACUCAGGAAUGUUCACAACACGAGUUCCAGUGUGACAUUGGGGUGUGCAUCCCUCGUAUCUAUGUCUGUGACCAUUACCCUGAUUGCGAAGACGGCGGUGAUGAACGUUCUUGUGCCUACGAGACCUGCAGAGGCAACCAGUUCACUUGCCCCAAUGGCUACUGCAUUAGUCAAAAUAUGGUUUGUGAUGGAGAGGAUGACUGCAGAGAUAAUGGAGAUGAAAAUGGAUGUGAAAGCAGUACUCAUCGUAUUCGUGAAUGUUACCCAGACGAAUGGGCUUGUCCAGAGUCUGGAAAAUGCAUCCCAGUUUUAAAGGUUUGUGAUGGGACUUUAGAUUGUCCAGGAGGAGAAGAUGAAACCAAUAUUACCAAAGGACGAUUUGUGGUUUUUUCAGUUGACAUUAAUGGCUUAAAUAUCCAAGAAGUUGUUUCUCUUGAUGAUCCAGAGAAUCUGGCCGUAGACUGGAUUAAUAAUAAACUUUAUUUAGUAGAGACCAAGGUCAACCGCAUAGAUAUGUUAUUAUUUUUCUCAGAUUGGGAGAGCCUUUCUGGGGAACCUAAGGUGGAAAGGGCUUUCAUGGAUGGCACCAACCGGAAAGACCUGGUAAAAACAAAACUGGGAUGGCCUGCUGGGAUAACCCUGGAUAUAGUAUCAAAGCGUGUUUACUGGGUAGACUGCCGGUUUGAUUACAUUGAGACUGUAACUUAUGAUGGAAUUCAAAGGAAGACGGUCGUCCACGGAGGCUCACUCAUUCCUCAUCCCUUUGGAAUAAGCUUGUUUGAAGGUUAUGUAUACUUUACUGAUUGGACACAGAUGGCUGUAAUGAAGGCAAACAAGUUCACGGAGACCAGUCCACAAGUGUACCUCCAGACCUCCCUGAGGCCCUUUGGAGUGACUGUUUAUCAUUCCCUCAGGCAGCCUUAUGUUAACAACCCAUGUGGAGAUAACAAUGGGGGCUGUGAACAGGUCUGUGUCCUCAGCCACAGAACAGAUAAUGAUGGUUUGGGUUACCGCUGCAGGUGCACAUUCGGUUUCAGCCUGGAUGUGGAUAACCGCCACUGUGUUGUUGUUAAGCAGUUCCUGAUCUUUUCAUCUGAGGUGGCUGUUCGUGGCAUCCCGUUCAACCUGUCUACCCAAGAAGAUGUCAUAGUUCCAGUGACAGGAAAUCCUUCUUUCUUUGUUGGGGUUGAUUUUGAUGCCCAAGAGAACACUAUCUUUUUUUCAGAUACAUCAAAAGACAUGAUUUUUAAACAAAAUAUCAAUGGCACAGACUAUGUGUUUUUUACCGACUGGAGACUGGGUGCCAUCGUUCGAGUGAGGAAAAUGGAUGGUGGAGACAUGAGAGUUAUCCGAAGCGGCAUCACUAAUAUAAUGCAUGUGAAAUCAUAUGAUGCCAACACUCAGACUGGUUCUAACUACUGUAACCGACCCACACAUCCAAACGGUGACUGCAGCCACUUCUGCUUCCCAGUGCCAAAUUUCCAGCGGGUGUGUGGUUGUCCGUAUGGAAUGAAUUUGACUUCUAAUCACUUGACAUGCCAGGAAGACCCAUCCCAUGAACCACCCCUGGAGCAGUGUGGUGCCCUUUCCUUUCCAUGUAGCAACGGCAGAUGUGUGCCCAGUCACUACCGCUGUGAUGGAGUAGAUGACUGUCAUGAUAACAGCGAUGAGCACCUAUGUGGCAAAUUUAAUAAUUCCUGUGCAUCUUCAGCGUUCACCUGUAGCCACGGAGAGUGCAUCCCUGCACACUGGAAGUGUGACAAGCAGAAUGACUGUGUGGAUGGCAGUGAUGAGCAGAACUGUCCGUCCCAGGCACCCACUUCCUGCCCUGCAUCCUUAUUCACCUGUGAUAAUAAUCUGUGUAUCCCAAAGAGCUGGCUCUGUGACACAGAUAAUGAUUGUGCAGAUGGAUCUGAUGAGAAGAAUUGCGCAACUAGGCCUCCUGGGAUGUGCCACCCAGAUGAAUUUCAGUGCCAAGCAGAUGGUGUCUGCAUCCCGAAGAGCUGGGAGUGUGAUGGGCACCCAGACUGCAUCUUUGGAUCUGAUGAGCAUCACGGCUGUGCCCCCAAGACCUGCCCUUCAACUCACUUCCUGUGUGAUAAUGGAAACUGCAUCUACAGAGAUUGGCUCUGUGAUGGGGACAAUGACUGCAGGGAUAUGAGUGAUGAGAAGGACUGCCCUACUCAGGCCUUUCACUGUCCCAGUUGGCAAUGGCAGUGCCCUGGCCAUAGCAUCUGUGUGAAUCUGAGUGCAGUGUGUGAUGGCAUCUCUGACUGCCCCAAUGGGACAGAUGAAUCCCCACUUUGCAAUCAGGACAGCUGCUCAGAUUCCAAUGGUGGUUGCACUCACCAAUGUGUUCAGGGGCCCUAUGGAGCUCAAUGCGUGUGCCCAUCAGGUUACCUGCUUGCCAAUGACUCUAAGACCUGUGAAGACAUCUAUGAAUGUGAUGUCCCAGGCUUUUGUAGCCAGCAUUGUUACAAUAUGAGAGGUUCCUUCCGGUGCUGGUGUGAUCAAGAAUACACGUUAGACACUAACGGAAGGACUUGCAAAGUUACAGCAUCCGAAAGUCUGUUGCUACUUGUGGCAAGUCGGAACCAAAUUGUUGCUGACAAUAUCACCUCCCAGGUUCACAAUAUCUAUUCAGUUGUCCGGAAUGGUUCUCACAUUCUACUUAACAGUGGUGUCACCAUGACUGAAAGUAUGGUGGUAGAUUGGGUAGGUCGCAAUCUUUACUGGACAGACUAUGCUCUGGAAACAAUUGAAGUAUCUAAACUGGAUGGGACUCACAGGACUGUGCUGAUUAGUCAAAAUGUAUCAAAUCCAAGGGGACUAGCAUUAGAUCCCAGAAUUAGUGACCAUUUGAUGUUCUGGUCUGACUGGGGCCAUCACCCUCGUAUUGAACGAGCUAGCAUGGAUGGCAGUCUGCGCACUGUCAUUGUUCAGGACAAGAUUUUCUGGCCCAGUGGCAUAACUAUUGACUACCCCAACAGACUGCUCUAUUUCAUAGAUUCCUAUCUUGACUACAUAGACUUUUGUGAUUAUAAUGGACAGCAUCGGAGGCAGGUGAUAGCCAGUGAUUUGAUUCUGCGACAUCCCUAUGCCCUAACUAUCUUUGAAGACUCUGUGUACUGGACUGACCGCUCUACUUAUCAGGUUUUGCAAGCCAAUAAGUGGCAUGGUGGAAACCAGUCAGUCAUAAUUCGUAAUAUUCAGCAGCCCCUGGGGGUUGUUGCAGUUCAUCCUGUGAAACAACCUAAUAAUGAUCAACCUUUCUUAAUAACUGUGAGAUACAGUAUAAUUUUUGGAAUCUCCCUCAAUCCUGAGGUGAAGAGCAAUGAUGCUAUGGUUCCCAUAGCAGGGAUAAUGAACGGUUAUGAUGUUGAAUUUGAUGACUCAGAGCAGUUCAUCUAUUGGGUUGAGAAUCCAGGUGAAAUUCACAGAGUGAAGACAGAUGGCACCAACAGGACAGUAUUAGUUUCUCUGUCUAGGUUGGGUUCUUCCAUGAGCCUGGCCUUAGAUUGGAUAUCAAGAAACUUAUAUUACACCAAUCCUGGAACAAUGUCAAUUGAGGUUUUGAAACUCCGGGGAGAUGUCAGAUACAGAAAAACACUGAUUACCAACGAUGGGACAGUUCUUGGAGUUGGUAUUCCAGUUGGCAUAACUGUUGAUCCUGCUAAUGGGAAACUGUACUGGUCGGACCAAGGAACGGACAGUGGUGUUCCUGCCAAGAUUGCAAGUGCUAACAUGGAUGGCACAUUUCCAAAAGUUCUCUUCACUGGGAACCUUGAACACCUGGAGUUUAUCACCCUUGAUAUUGAGGAGCAGAAACUCUACUGGGCUGUCACCAGCACGGGAGUGAUUGAAAGAGGAAACGUGGAUGGUACAAAUCGAAUGAUCCUGGUAAACCAUCUUUCCCACCCCUGGGGAAUUGCUGUCUAUGAUUCUUACCUUUAUUACACUGAUGAACACUAUGAGGUCAUUGAAAGAGUUGACAAGGCCACUGGGGACAACAAAGUAGUCUUGAGAGAGAAUAUUCCAAAUUUGAGGGGUCUCCGAGUUUAUCACAGACACGGACGAAAUGCACUGCAUGUGGAUGUUGAUGUAUUCUCUGGCUUUAUUUAUUGGUGUGAUUUUAGCAGUUCUGUGACAUCUUAUAAUGCAAUCCGUAGAAUCAGACCUGAUGGGUCUUCUUUUACAAACAUUGUUACACAAGGAAUAGGAGAAAAUGGAGUUCGGGGUAUUGCAGUGGAUUGGGUAGCAGGAAAUCUUUAUUUCACCAAUGCUUUCGUGUCUGAAACACUGAUAGAAGUUCUGCGGAUCAAUACCACCUACCGCCGUAUUCUCCUUAAAGCCACAGUGGAUAGACCCAGGGAUAUUGUUGUAGACCCCAAGAACAGAUAUCUCUUCUGGGCUGACUACGGGCAAAGCCCAAAGAUUGAACGUUCUUUUCUUGAUUGCACUAAUCGAACUGUGCUUGUAUCAGAAGGCAUUGUCACACCACGGGGGUUGGCAGUAGACCAUAGCAAUCGCUAUGUUUAUUGGGUUGAUGAUUCUUUAGAUAUAAUUGCAAGGAUUGGUAUGGAGGGAGAGAUGUCUGAAGUGAUUCGUUAUGGCAGUCGUUAUCCAACUCCUUAUGCCAUCACUGUUUUUGGAAAUUCUAUCAUAUGGGUAGACAGAAAUUUAAAAAAAAUCUUCCAAGCUAGCAAGGAACCAAACAGCAAUGAAUCACCAACAGUGAUAAGGGACAAUAUCAAUUGGCUAAGAGAUGUAACCAUUUUUGACCAGAGUGUUCAGCCCCGGUCACCAGCUGAGGUCAACCACAACCCUUGCUUGGAAAAUAAUGGUGGAUGCACCCAUUUCUGCUUUGCUCUCCCUGGAUUGGACACCCCUAAAUGUGGCUGUGCCUUUGGAACCCUAGAAGGUGAUGGCAAGAGCUGUGCCAUUCCAAGAGAAAAUUUCCUCAUCUUUGCCUUGGAAAAUACCUUGAGAAGCUUACACUUGGACCCUGAGGAUCAUAGCCCACCUUUCCAACCAAUAAGUGUGGAAAGAGUUGCUGUAGACCUGGCCUAUGAUGACAUAAGUAACAGAAUCUACUUCACACAAUCUUUAGGAUCUGGAAACGGUCAGAUUUCGUAUGUCAAUCUAAAUUCAGGGACCAGGUCUUCCACUGCUAUUAUUUCAGGUAAAGGGAAUCCUGAUGGCAUUGCCUUUGACUGGAUCAAUAGAAGAAUAUAUUACAGUAACUACACCAAUGAGACAAUUAACUCAAUGGCCGAGGAUGGGUCUAAGCGCACUGUGAUAGCCCACGUUUCAAAGCCAAGAGCAAUUGUUUUAGAUCCUUGUCGAGGGUACAUGUACUGGACUGACUGGGGUACCAAUGCCAAAAUUGAGAGAGCCACACUGGGAGGAAAUUUCCGGGUACCUAUUGUGAACAGCAGCCUGGUCUGGCCCAAUGGGCUCACUCUGGACUACGAGAAUGACCUUCUCUACUGGGCAGAUGCCAGUCUGCAGAAGAUUGAGCGCAGUACUCUGACGGGCACACAGCGUGAGGUCGUUGUCAACAGAGCCUUUCAUCCUUUUAGCUUGACUGUCUAUGGCCAGUACAUUUAUUGGACUGACUGGAACACAAAAAAAAUUUACCGAGCUAACAAAUAUGAUGGGUCAGGUCAGAUGGCAAUGACCAUGAGUUUUCCCUUCCGGCCUAAUGGUAUUCGCGUUAUUGUGAAGAACCAACAGCAGUGUAGCAAUCCUUGCAGUGAGUUUAAUGGAGGCUGCAGCCAUAUUUGUGCACCAGGUCCAAAUGGUGCCGAGUGCCAGUGUCCUCAUGAGGGCCGCUGGUAUCUGGCCAACAACAAAAAGUACUGCAUUGUGGACAAUGGGACACGGUGUGAUAGCUCCAAGUUCACCUGCCUCAAUGGGCACUGCAUCUCAGAGCAAUGGAAGUGUGACAACGAUAAUGACUGUGGUGAUGGCAGUGAUGAGCUGGAAAUCGUCUGUGCGUUUCACACCUGCCCUCCGACAGCCUUCACCUGCGACAAUGGGCGAUGCGUCCAAUAUCAUUACCGCUGUGAUCACUACAAUGACUGCGGUGACAACAGUGACGAGGCAGGGUGCCUGUUCAGGGACUGUAAUGCCACUUCGGAGUUUACUUGCAAUAAUAGAAGGUGUAUUCCUCUUCAGUUUGUCUGCAAUGGCAUAAACAACUGCCAUGAUAAUGACACAUCAGAUGAGAAAAAUUGCGCUACUCACACAUGCAACAAUGAGGAGUUUCACUGCACGUCUGGACGUUGUAUCCCCAGACACUGGUACUGUGAUGAGGAAGCAGAUUGUCCUGAUGGCUCUGAUGAACCUGACACUUGUGAAUACCAUGAAGCAACAUGUUUAAGUAAUGAGUUCAAGUGUGACAGUGGGAGGUGCAUACGAAGAGAAUGGAUCUGUGACGGUGAUAAUGACUGUGGGGACAUGAGUGACGAGGAUGAAAGGCACCACUGCGGAAGUGCAUUCCCCAAUCCUGGGUCUGUGAUGGUGAUUCGGAUUGUAAUGAUGGCUCUGAUGAGCAUCAAAAUUGCACAAGGAGAUCUUGCUCUGGAAAUGAUUUCACCUGUAGUAAUGGACGGUGUGUCCCACACUCAUACAGCAACAGGAACUGUCAGCUUACAGUUUGCUAAGGAAGGAGAUGGAAAAGAUACACCAUGCUGGUGCAAGAUUAGAGCAGCCGAGCUUCUGGAACCAUGUGCUUUGGGGCAAGCAGGCCCUCAACAGUACCCGUGUGACCGGCGCGAUGACUGUGGUGACUACAGUGAUGAGAGGGACUGCUUGUACCCCACUUGCAGUGAGAGCGAGUUUACCUGUCAGAAUGGGCUGUGCAUUUAUAAGCAGGAAGUCUGUGAUGGGGAAAAUGACUGUAUAGAUGGAUCUGAUGAGGAGGAGCACUUGUGCCACACUCCAGAGACUACGUGCCCCCCUCAUCAGUUCAAGUGUAACAACGGGAACUGCAUCGAUAUGGUAAAAGUCUGCAACCACCUAGAUGACUGCUCAGACAACAGUGAUGAGAAAGGAUGUGGUGUUAACGAAUGCAAUGACCCUUUACUAAGUGGCUGUGACCAAGACUGCACAGACACCCUCACCAGUUUCUAUUGUUCUUGCCGUCCUGGUUACAAGCUUAUGUUUGACAAUCGGAGUUGUGAUGAUAUUGAUGAAUGCAAGGAGACGCCCUUUGUCUGUAGCCAGAAGUGUGAGAAUGUAAUAGGUUCUUACAUCUGUAAGUGUGCCCCAGGCUACCUCCGAGAACCAGAUGGAAAAAGCUGUCGGCAGAACAGUAACAUCGAGCCCUAUCUCAUUUUUAGCAACCGUUACUAUUUGAGAAAUCUAACUCUAGAUGGCCAUUUUUACUCCCUCAUUUUGCAAGGACUGGGCAAUGCUGUGGCAUUGGAUUUUGACCGAGUAGAAAAGAGACUGUAUUGGAUUGAUGCAGAGAAUAAAGUCAUUGAGAGAAUGUUUCUGAAUAAGACAAACAGGGAGAUAGUCAUAAACCACAAACUACCAGCUGCAGAAAGUCUGGCCGUAGACUGGGUUACCAGAAAACUCUACUGGGUGGAUGCCUACCUGAAUUGCCUCUCUGUCUCUGACCUUGAUGGUCGAUACCGCCGCAAGUUGGCCGAGCACUGUGUGGAUGUCAACAAUACCUUCUGCUUUGAAAAUCCCAGAGGAAUUGCCCUCCACCCUCAAUAUGGGCAUGUCUACUGGGCAGACUGGGCUCACCGAGCAUACAUUGGGAGAGUAGGCAUGGAUGGAGUGAAUAAGUCUGUGAUUAUUUCUACCAAGAUAGAGUGGCCCAAUGGCAUCACCAUUGACUACACCAACGAUCUACUCUAUUGGGCAGAUGCCCACCUGGGUUACAUUGAGUAUUCUGAUUUGGAGGGCCGCCAUCGACAUACCGUGUAUGACGGGACACUCUCUCACCCCUUUGCUAUUACCAUUUUUGAAGACAUUAUUUAUUGGACAGAUUGGAAUACAAGGACAGUUGAAAAGGGAAACAAAUAUGACGGAUCAGAUAGGACUGUCCUGGUGAACACAACACAUAAACCGUUUGACAUCCACGUGUAUCAUCCAUACAGGCAGCCAGUUGUGAACAAUCCCUGUGGGGCCAACAAUGGUGGCUGUUCUCAUCUCUGCCUCAUCACAGCAGGAGGAAAUGGAUUCACCUGUGAGUGUCCAGAUGACUUCCGAACCAUCCAUAUGGGUGACCUCAACUUCUGCCUGCCCAAGUGCUCUAGCACCCAAUUCCUGUGUGCUAACAAUGAAAAGUGUAUUCCUAUCUGGUGGAAAUGUGAUGGACAGAGAGACUGCUCGGAUGGCUCUGAUGAACCAGUCCUUUGCCCACAGCGCUACUGCCCAUUAGGCCAGUUCCAGUGCAAGGAUGGCAACUGUACCAGCUCGCACUUCCUGUGCAACGCUCACCAAGAUUGCCCUGAUGGCUCUGAUGAAGACCAGAUUCUUUGUGAGCAUCACCGCUGCGAGUCCAACGAAUGGCAGUGUGCCAACAAACGUUGCAUCCCAGAAGCCUGGCGGUGUGACUCGGAGAACGACUGCGGGGAUAACUCAGAUGAAGAUGUUUACAACUGUGCCAGCAGGAUCUGCCAGCCAGGCUAUUUUAAGUGUGCCAAUAACCACUGCAUCCCUCAAGGCUGGAAGUGUGAUGUGGACAAUGACUGUGGAGACUACUCGGAUGAGCCGGUGUCAGAAUGCAUGAGCCAUCGCUGUGACAACCAUACAGAAUUCAGCUGUAGGACGAACUACCGCUGUGUCCCACAGUGGGCUGUGUGCAAUGGUUUUGAUGACUGCAGGGACAACAGUGAUGAGCAAGGCUGUGAGGAGAGGACGUGCAAACCUUUGGGAGAAUUCCGCUGUAAUAACCACCACUGCAUCCCUCUUCGCUGGAAAUGUGAUGGGCACAAUGACUGUGGAGAUAACUCAGAUGAGGAAAACUGCGUCCCCCGGGAGUGCUCAGAAAGUGAAUUUCGUUGUGAUGAUCAAAGCUGCAUCCCCUCUCGUUGGGUCUGUGACCAUACCAACGACUGUGGAGACAACUCAGAUGAACGAGACUGUGAGUUGAAGACCUGCCAACCUGGAUAUUUUCAGUGUCAGAGUGGACACUGUGUGCCUGAACAAUCAAAAUGUGACGGAACCGCUGAUUGUCUGGAUGCCUCUGAUGAAGCCACCUGUCCCACUCGCUUCCCCAAUGGUGCAUAUUGCUUGGCUACUAUGUUCGAAUGUAAAAAUCAUGUUUGUAUCAGGUCAUCUUGGAAAUGUGAUGGUGAUAAUGACUGUGGCGAUGGUUCUGACGAAGAACUUCACCUGUGCUUGGAUGUUUCCUGUGAUUCACCAUACCGGUUCCGAUGUGACAACAAUCGCUGCAUUUAUAAGCACGAGCUGUGCAACCAUGUGGAUGAUUGUGGAGAUGGGAGUGAUGAGAAAGAGGAGCAGUGUGUAGCUUCGACCUCUAGACCUUGUAGAGAAGAUGAAUUUAAGUGCAGCAACGGACAUUGCAUUUCACAACAUCUUGUAUGCGAUGAUGUCGAUGACUGUGGUGACCAUUUUGAUGAAACAGGUUGCAACAUCAACGAAUGUGAGCAAUUUGGGGUUUGUCCCCAGCACUGCCAAAAUACCAAAGGAAGUUAUGAGUGCUCCUGUGCCGAAGGCUUCAGGUCUGUGAGUGACCACUAUGGAAAACGAUGCGCAGCUGAUGGUAAUCCUCCUUUGUUGCUACUGCCUGAAAAUGUGCGAAUUCGAAAGUAUAAUCUCUCAUCUGAGAAGUUCUCAGAUUAUCUUGAAGGCGAGGAACGUAUUCAGGCUAUUGAUUAUGACUGGGAUCCUGAGGGCAUAGGUCUCAGUGUCAUAUAUUACACUGUGCUAGGCCACGGAUCUGAAUUUGGUGCUAUUAAACGUGCCUACAUCCCCAACUUUGAAUCCGGUACUAAUAAUCUUGUGUCAAAGGUUAACCUGAACCUGAAAUACAUAAUGCAGCCAGACGGAUUAGCAGUGGACUGGGUUGGAAGGCAUAUUUACUGGUCAGAUGCCAAGAGUAAACGGAUCCAGGUGGCUAAACUUGAUGGGAGGUACACAAAGUGGCUGAUUUCCACCCAACUGGAUCAACCAGCUGCAGUGGUUGUGAAUCCCAAACUAGGUGUAGAAGCCUCACUAGAGGAAACUUUCCAUUACAGGCUUAUGUACUGGACUGACUGGGGCAGAGAACCUAAAAUCGAGUCUGCUUGGAUGGAUGGACAGCAUCGGAACAUCCUGGUUCAGGAGGACCUUGGUUGGCCAACAGGCCUCACUAUUGAUUAUCUGAACAAUGACCGGAUCUACUGGAGUGACUUUAAGGAGAACAAUAUUGAAAGUAUAAAACAUGAUGGGACUGAUAGAAGAAUCGUUGCAAAUGCAGCAAUGAACCCAUAUAACCUGGACAUCUUUGAAGGCCAGUUUUACUGGAUAUCUAAGAAUAAGGGAGAAGUAUGGAAGCAAGAUAAAUUUGGGCAAGACGAGAAGGAGAAAAUGCUGAUGGUGAACCCAUGGCUCACUCAAGUUCGAAUCUUCCAUCAACAUAGAUACGAUCGGUCAGUGCCCAACCGCUGCAAAAAUGUCUGCAGUCACCUCUGCCUCCUGAGACCUGGAGGAUACAGCUGUGCCUGUCCCCAAGGCUCCACUUUUAUAGCAGGGAGCACCACUGAUUGUAACGCAGCCAUCGAAAGUCCUAUCAACAUGCCCCCCCCAUGCAGGUGUAUGUACGGAGGAAAUUGCUAUUUUGAUGAGAAUGACCUCCCCAAAUGCAAGUGUCCCAGUGGCUACAUGGGAAAAUAUUGUGAAAUAGGACUUUCAAAAGGCGUCCCUCCAGGAACAACAGUGGCUGUGCUGUUGACAGGCAUCCUGAUCAUCAUAAUUGGAGCGUUGGCAGCAUUAGGAUUUUUCCACUACAGGAGAACUGGCUCCCUUUUGCCUUCUCUGCCCAAGCUACCAAGCUUAAGCAGUCUAGUUAAAUCCUCUGAAAAUGGAAAUGGGGUGACCUUCAGAUCAGGAGCAGAUGUUAACAUGGAUAUUGGAGUGUCUGGUUUUGGGCCUGAGUCCGCCAUUGACAGAUCAGUGGUGAUGAGUGAACACUUUGCCAUGGAGAUGGGGAAGCAGCCCAUAAUCUUUGAAAACCCAAUGUAUGCAUCCAGGGACAGUGAUGUCAAAGUGGUUCACCAGCCAACCCAGGUGACUGUAUCUGGAAAUGUGGAUAACCAGAACUAUGGAAGUCCCAUAAACCCUUCUGAAAUAGCUCCAGACACAAAGCCGGCUUCCCCAAGUGCUGAUACAACUCAGGCAACAAAAUGGAGUAUCUUCAAACGAAAAUUGAAACCAACUACCAACUUUGAAAACCCAAUCUAUGCGGAGAUGGAGAAUGAACACAAGGACAGCACUGCUGUGGCUCCCACUCCCUCUCCUUCCCUCCCUGCUAAAAGUUCUCCAAGGAGAGACCCAGUGCCAACCUAUACUGCGACGGAAGACACUUUUACAGACACCGCAAACCUUGUUAGAGAAGACUCUGAGCCAGAACACUUUCACAUGUAUUACCUCACUAGCUGUCAAGUCAACGUUUUUAUUUGUGAUGUCUGUGAGAAAAUUCCACAUCAGGAGGUACAAGUGUCCCGCAAAGAGUUUGUAUCCAGUUGA